AUGAUGCAAGCUUCAAUCAUCGCUAACUGCGUUUUUAACGCAUUCUUCGGUUUUACCGCCAUAACAUUUAACAUUGUAACAAUACUAGCUCUGAGAAAACCAUUGACGAUACCAAGAGCCGUAAAAACAUUGCUGAUGAGUCUGGCUGUAGCUGAUCUGGGUGUUGGUUUACUGGUUCAACCUUUGUACGUUGCAUAUCUUGUCAUGCUGAAACAAGAAAACACUCAAAAUUCAACUUUUGAGAUUGUAUCAGACCUUUGGGGAAACACGGCAUAUUUUUUCACCUAUGCCUCAUUCUUUGGUGUUGUGGCUUUAGCCGCAGACAGAUUCUUGGCCAUUCAUCUUCACCUCAGGUACCAAGAACUCGUGACUCACAAGCGCGUUGUUGCUGUAGUGAUCUUCAUUUGGAUCUUAAGUGCGAUUCUGACGAUACUUAUAGGAAGGACUCCGAAUGUUGAAGCCUUUAUUGUAAUAACUGUUGAUAGUGUUUGUUACCUAACUACAGCCUGGUUUUAUUUCAAGAUUUACUUAACUGUACGUCACCACAGCAAUCAAAUUCAUGUCUUGCAGGAACAGCUAGCACAGAAUAAUGGAACAGAUAUGGGAAAUGCUGAGAGGGAGAGAAAAGCUGCAGUUGGUACAUUCUACGUGUAUGUUGUGUUUCUGAUUUGUUGUCUGCCACUCACGUGUUGCAUGAUUAUCUACCUAAGCAUUGGACCACAUACGGUGCUAACGAACCUUGAACUUUAUACUGAAAUGCUGACCUACCUCAAUUCAUCUCUCAAUCCUCUGAUCUACUCCUGGAAGAUGAAACAUGUUCGACAUGCUAUCAUGGAAAUACUGAGAAACAUAUUACCAUAUCUACACAACUGA